GAUACCCAGCUAUCCACCGAGCACAUACCAAAUUUUCUCUCCUGCCAUUGUUUAUUUGGGCAAUCUUAGCUUGUUGACUCACAAUGGAAAGCUCGUUUCCCAACGUCAUGAAUCCAUCGGAGAGGAGCGAAUUAGGGGGCCCGCAGAUGGUUGUCCAGCAGUAUGCUAGGUAUCCGCCUACCUUAGAACCUGGAUUACAUAGCGCUUCCUCUUUAGGUAGCGCUCGCAGCCGGAUGGCAGCCUCCAAGUCUCCCCCGCUUCAUCGCAAAGCAACCCCUCGCAGCAUACAAUCCUCACCAACAGUUCCCCGGCCAGGUAUUCCUCCAGCACCAGCUCCACGCUCUGGGCCAUCAAUGUCUCCCCCGGUGUUCGAUCCUCUUCGCCAGAGACAACCGCCGAGAGAACCAUUGGACCAAGCAGAGACCCGAUCGCUCCCAUCCCGUGAUAUUACAGAUGAAAACAUUGAUGACGCUUACGUGAUGUUUAUUUUUUAUUGUAAUCCAAAUGUGCCUCUGUCUGUAGACACUAGCGAGUUGCGAAAGACUUUCCGCUGUCCCCCGCGAAGUGAUGGCAAAAGCUUCAGUAUCUUUACGCUCUGGGAACUCAUUCGGAAGCUAGACAGCAAAGAAUUGAAAACAUGGAUAUCGUUGGCGACCGAGCUCGGUGUGGAGCCCCCUGAUUUAGAGCAAGGGCAGAGCACACAGAAAGUCCAGCAAUAUGCUGUUCGCCUAAAGCGUUGGAUGCGAGCGAUGCAUGUUGAUGCAUUCUUUGAAUACUGUCUCGGUCAUCCCCACCCUUACUACACUCAGCUUCCUGCAAACAAUGCGAUAGUCAGUGAGAGUCGCGAUGGUGUACCUUUGGAAGAGGACCUCGCGUUGCGAGCUCUUGUCCCUCAAUGGAAACCCAAAAGAGGUAGAAAACGAGCGGAGGAGAGGGAGAUUGUGAACGAUAGAUCAUCUAAACGGCCACAGCUCGAUACCUCCGUGGGUAUCUUGCACACAAGUACGUUCCCAGCUCACUCCGCGACCUUUCCUCAGAGUGCAAUCCCAUUCAGCGCCUUUCCCGAAGAGAUUGAGCCAAACGAUCCGUGGAUGGCGGCUACGUCCUCAUUUGGAGCGAAUGGGCCAUCGGGGAACCCGGCCGCUCAUCAAGGCCAGGAUCUGCGGUGGAGAUCAAUUGAACGAGAAGCUUCACCAAGUUAUCCACAUUCCGCAAUUCUUCCCAGGGCCCAUCAUCCAUCCGAAGUAUUUCUUCCUCCUACGGAGCCUCGAUCAGCAGUUACACCAUCUGAGAAGUCACGCCCUAAAAGGCGCCAUGGCCCAGCUGUCUCAUCUGCCUGGCCGACCAACAAUGGGUCAUCUACCGGAAAGACCCGAGGACGACCUCCUGGUCGAGGGACAACCUCCGGCCCCUUUUCCUCUUUUCCAGUUAAUCCUAUUCGCUCUGACCCAUCUCACGUACACAGCUCUAGUGCACGGCCCUCUCCUUCCAUCCUGCUUGAGCACGAUCCUUCCGGUCGCUAUUCCAAUGCCCAAUACCAGCAAUCUCCUACUCCCUUCGCUGGAGGUGGUAGGCCAAACAAACUCCAGCUGCAAGUUCCUCAACAGCCAGGUGCACCAGUCCGUCUUGCGACACCACCAACGCUCAUGGUGAACGGCGUCAACAAUGCAUCUCUCAAGAUUGAGGGACACCAGCGCAACAGCACCUCAGCCCCACCACACGAGAUUACUGGCACAGCAAUGAAUGCUUCAAGUAGUGCACAUCGCAAUAACAAUCUGAACAAAGAUAUCUCGUCUGAUGACCUUGUCCGCGUGCUCUCCAGUGAUUUACUGCGUGGGAAAAUAACCGGCCGCCCGGCCCCUUUGAGUGUUGAAGAGGCCCGAACAUUAGCAGUCUCUAUGGUGACAAAUUUAACUGCAUCAUAUUCCCAACUGCCCUUGGGCCUGCCGGUUCUAUUAUCGGCUCUACACCUAGGGCUAGGGCAACACUUUGGUUACCCCGGAGUGACAGAUAGUACGAUGACAAUUAAUAUUGAAGCUUCACCUGCGCCCCCUGCCGAUGCGCCAGCGGCAACUGGGAACGAGGGACACUUAUUCAAUUUCAUUUACACUGUCUCUCAAGAAUACAAACAUGGACUUCGCUUCACAACGAAGGUUACUUAUGGUGACUUCAGUAUUAACAAGCUUACAAGCAGCAGACCUGAGAAUGCAUUCGGAGUGACUGAGGACCUAGAUAAUAGCAUCGCGGAGUUAAAUAGCUCUACAGAUGGUGAAUUCGAAGUGGAUGGUCCAGAGGAUUCUAUCCCCGACCUGACCUGGAAACAUCGGUACAUGAAGCUUCGCUCCCAGAUGCAGAAAAAGGAGCGCGCCUUGUCCCAGUACAAGCGCAAGAUCCUAGAGUCCGUGAUGUCAGACAUUUAGACUCCCGCGGGGGUAGUGAAAUUCCAACGUGCUAAGCGUCAAAGACUGCUACUUCGCAU